AAUAACGUCGGGUCGGGUCAGCGGGCGCUGCAGUAGUCGCCGCAGCGGCGAUGGGAGCGGUGGGGACCAGGCGGCGGCGGCGGCGGCAGGAGGAGGAGCAGGGGCUGGCACAAGAGCAGCGGCUGGGGGCGGCCAGCAGCAGCAGUGACAGCAGCCGCCGCCGCCGCCAGUAAACGCGGACGGUACCCGAGGGGACUACCCAGCCGGCCGGCCCUAGAAGCCGCGCUCGGGUCCCGCCGCACUGGGCGGCGGGGGAUGGGUAGGCGGCGGUCGUCCCGCCUGCUGAGGGUUGACCUCUGCCGGUCCCGGCCCUGAGCUGGACCCGAUCCCUCCGCCCGAAAUCCCUGCGUCCGCCACGGCCCAGGUUAAAUGGAAACCACCCUUGGGAGCUGGAUGCCUGUGUAGCCAUUCUACCACAUCAGUGAAUUGCAAUGAGUGGAGGAGGAGAGCAGCCAGAUAUCCUCAGUGUUGGAAUCCUGGUCAAAGAAAGAUGGAAAGUAUUGAGGAAGAUUGGGGGUGGGGGCUUUGGAGAAAUUUACGAUGCCUUGGACAUGCUUACCAGGGAGAAUGUUGCACUGAAGGUGGAAUCAGCUCAACAACCAAAACAAGUUCUGAAAAUGGAGGUUGCUGUAUUGAAAAAACUACAAGGGAAGGACCAUGUUUGUAGAUUUAUUGGCUGUGGGAGGAAUGAUCGAUUCAACUACGUGGUCAUGCAGUUGCAGGGUCGGAAUCUGGCGGAUCUACGCCGCAGCCAGUCCCGGGGCACAUUCACCAUUAGCACUACUCUUCGGUUGGGUAGACAGAUUCUGGAAUCUAUUGAGAGCAUCCAUUCUGUGGGAUUCUUGCACCGAGACAUCAAACCGUCAAACUUUGCCAUGGGUCGCUUUCCUAGUACAUGUAGGAAAUGUUACAUGCUUGAUUUUGGCUUGGCUCGACAAUUUACCAAUUCCUGUGGUGACGUCAGACCACCUCGAGCUGUGGCAGGCUUUCGAGGGACAGUUCGUUACGCAUCAGUCAAUGCUCAUCGGAACAGGGAAAUGGGAAGACAUGAUGACCUUUGGUCCUUAUUCUACAUGUUGGUGGAAUUUGUGGUUGGUCAGCUGCCUUGGAGAAAAAUAAAGGACAAGGAACAAGUGGGCUCUAUUAAGGAGAGGUAUGACCACAGGCUUAUGUUGAAACAUCUCCCUCCAGAAUUCAGCAUCUUUCUGGACCACAUCUCCUCUUUGGAUUAUUUUACAAAACCAGACUACCAGCUUCUUGCAUCCGUGUUUGACAACAGCAUCAAGACCUUUGGAGUAAUUGAGAGUGACCCUUUCGACUGGGAGAAGACUGGAACUGAUGGCUCCCUCACCACCACCACUACUUCUACCACUCCUCAGCUGCACACCCGCUUGACCCCUGCGGCAAUCGGAAUUGCCAAUGCCACUCCCAUCCCAGGAGACUUGCUUCGAGAAAAUACAGAUGAGGUGUUUCCAGAUGAACAGCUUAGUGAUGGAGAGAAUGGCAUCCCUGUUGGUGUGUCACCAGAUAAAUUGCCUGGAUCUCUGGGACACCCUCGUCCCCAGGAGAAGGAUGUCUGGGAAGAGAUGGAUACCAACAGGAAUAAGAUAAAGCUUGGGAUUUGUAAGGCUGCUACUGAAGAGGAGAACAGCCAUGGUCAAGCAAAUGGUAUUCUGAAUGCUCCAAGCCUCGGUUCACCAAUUCGGGUCCGCUCAGAGAUGACUCAGCCAGACAGAGAUGUUCCAUUGGUGCGAAAGUUACGUUCCAUCCACAGCUUUGAGCUGGAAAAACGUUUGGUUCUGGAGCCAAAGCCAGAUACUGACAAGUUUCUUGAGACCUGCUUGGAGAAAAUGCAGAAGGAUUCCAGUGAAGGAAAGGAAUCUGUUCUCCCUGCUCUGCUUCAUAAGCCUUGUGUUCCUGCUGUGUCCCGUACUGACCACAUCUGGCACUAUGAUGAAGAGUAUCUUCCAGAUGCUUCCAAGCCUGCCUCUGCCAACACCCCUGAGCAGGCAGAUGGUGGUGGCAGCAAUGGAUUUGUAGCCGUUAACCUGAGCUCCUGCAAGCAGGAGGUUGAUUCCAAAGAAUGGGUGAUUGUGGAUAAGGAACAGGACCUUCGGGAUUUUAGGACAAAUGAGGCUUUAGGCCAUAAAACAACUGGAAGCCCUUCCGAUGAGGAGCCCGAAGUCCUUCAAGUCCUAGAGGAAUCGCCUCAAGAUGAAAAGCUCCGAUUGGGUCCUUGGGCAGAAAAUGAUCAUUUAAAGAAGGAAACCUCAGGUGUGAUCUUAGCAGUUUCUGGGAAGUGCCCUGCCACUGCCGCUUCAGAACAAUAUGCAGAUAGGCUGGAACUCCAGGCUGGAGCUGCUAGUCAAUUUAUUGCAGUGACACCCACAAGUCCAAUGGAGGCACAAGCAGAAGGACCCCUUACAGCAAUUACAAUUCCUAGACGUUCUGUGGCAUCUACACAGUCGACUUCAGGUAGCUUUCAUUAUGGUCAGCAGCCAGAAAAGAAAGACCUUCAUCCCGUGGAGCCCACUGUGGAACUUUACUCUCCAAGGGAGAGCUUCUCUGGCUUGGUUGUGACAGAGCGCGAACCUCCUAGUGGAGGAAGCAGAACAGACUUCGGGCUUCAGAUAGAUCAUAUUGGUCAUGACAUGUUACCCAGCAUUAGAGAGUGUGACAGCUCCCAAGACCUGGGACCAAAAGACCUUCCUGACCAUAACAGGCUGGCUGUGAGAGAAUUUGAGGGUCUCCCUAGGGAAACGGGAGAGAAAAGCAUGCUUGUGGGGUCAGAUAAUGAAGAUGAGAAGUUGAGUAAAGGGCAGCCUUAUAUUGAGAUCUCCCCUCUCCCAGGAGACUUGGUGACGGUGGAAAGGGAUCACUCAGCUACUACUGAACCUCUUGAUGUGACAAAGACACAGACUUUUAGUGUGGUGCCAAAUCAAGACAAAACUCACGAGAUAGUGAAGCUUUUGGCAGUUGGAACUUCAGCAGUAUCUCCACGAGUUAUUGACCGACAUGUUGAAGGACAGAUAGGCCAGGUGGCAGCAGCGCAAAAAGGUAAGAUAUCUAAGGAAGAUGACAUCAAGAGUGAAGACUUGCUGAGUCAUCAAGGAGACCUCUCUACUCUUUUGCACCAAGAGGGUAAGAGAGAGAAAAUUGCCCCUAGAAAUGGAGAACUAUUUCAUUCUGUUUCAGAGAGUGAACACUGUCCUCCAUCCCGGAAGGAUGUGGUUAGGUCAUCCUUUGUAACUAGACACAGCCGAAUCCCUGUUUUAGCACAAGAGAUAGAUUCAACUUUUGAAUCAUCCUGUCCAGUCUCUGCAAAAGAGAAGCUCCUCCAAAAGAAAGCUUAUCAGCCAGAUCUAGUCAAGCUUCUGGUGGAAAAAAGGCAACUCAAGUCUUUCAUUGGGGACCUCUCAAGUGCCUCUGAUAAAUUGCUAGAGGAGAGAUUAUCCACUAUUCCUGCUCCUUUUUCUGAGGAGGAAGUCUUCACUCCCUUUUCAAGACUGGCUGUAGACUCACACCUGAGCAGGUCAGCCGAAGACAGCUUUCUGACACCCAUCAUCUCCCAGUCCAGAAAGAGCAAAAUUCCAAGGCCAGUUUCAUGGGUCAACACAGAUCAAGUCAACAGCUCAACUUCAUCUCAGUUCUUGCCUCGGCCACCACCGGGAAAGCCACCCAUGAGGCCUGGAGUAGAAGCCAGGCUCCGCAGAUAUAAAGUCCUAGGGAGUAGCAAUUCUGACUCAGACCUUUUCUCCCGCCUGGCCCAAAUUCUUCAAAACGGAUCUCAGAAACCCCGGAGCACUACUCAGUGCAAGAGUCCAGGAUCCCCUCACAAUCCAAAAACACCACCCAAGAGUCCAGUUGUCCCUCGCAGGAGUCCCAGUGCCUCUCCUCGAAGCUCUUCCUUGCCUCGCACAUCCAGUUCCUCACCAUCUAGGGCUGGACGGCCCCACCAUGACCAGAGGAGUUCAUCCCCGCAUGUGGGGAGAAGCAAGUCACCUCCCAGCCACUCAGGAUCUUCCUCCUCCAGGAGGUCCUGCCAACAGGAGCACUGCAAACCCAGCAAGAAUGGCCUGAAAGUAUCCAGCAGCCUCCACCACCACUCGGCCAGCACUAAAGCCCCCCCAGGGAAGAGUAAGUCAGCCAGUAAACUCAGCAGAUAGGAGCUGGGCUGCAUCUCUGUGGAAGGUGUGAGAUCUUCCUCCUAAAUCUGAUACGUGUGUGUCCCUGUACAGUCUAUUUAAAAAAAUCAGUGUUGAUCUUGUCUUGCAAAAGAAAGUAACAUGAUAAAAUAUUUAUAAGAAGAUAUAUGAUAAGAAAUUACCUAAGAUAGGCAGCAAGCAGAUCAGGAAUCAAUGUCUUUGCAUAGGAAGGGGCAAGCCAGCAAAAUCCAAGGGGGUAAAACUGGCUAAAUGAACUCUCAUUUCUUAUCUGCCUUCAAAACAAAAAUGUUGAAGGUAGGGGGUGGAUUGGAAUUUUAAGGGGUUUAGCCUACUUUUUUUAAGGCUCUACUUAAAGAUUAUAUAGCAAAAGUGAAACUUCUCACUUUAAUAUUUGCUUUCCAAACUUCCCAACCUCGGAGAGUCAGAAUUGCUCCGAUAUUAGAGUAUGUAAGAAGUGUGUUGCUGGGGAGCCAGUGCUCAUAUACAUUUGGCUUGUGUGUUUAUCUGGUGUAUUGAGAGUUCACACCUUUACUUUGCCUCAUUCCUAGUACCCUCCCUGGAUUUCACAUUUUUUAAAGUUAGUGUUUGUCACCUGAUCCAAUCUCUCUUAUUUUAACAAUACAUUCUAAUGUGCUUUUAGCAGCACAUGCUGAGAAUUUCAAAUCCAAUUACUUUUUUAAAUCCCCUAAUAUUUCUCU